AUGCAUGAGCCAUUCAUUACUACUAAUCAAGAUCAGCUAGUACUUUUUCAAAAGCACUUUUUACAAUAUUCCCAUUUAUUUCCUACGGAACUUGAUACAUUGAAGCAAAAACAUGCUUUAAAAACUCCGGUAAAAAUCAAAUCACUAUCAGAAUGUCCAAUGACACCACUACCAUCGUUUCACAAUGCGGAUACACUUGUCGUAGGAGGACCACCAGCAUUAAUCACCGGUGUAUCGAUGGUGAAAAAAGAUAAAUGUUUAACUUAUAUCAACGAUGAGCGAAGAAUACCCAUUGCUUUUGGUUCUGCUUGGCAUCUCGAGCAAGAUGCUGAAACAGAAGCACCUACAAGUUAUAGGCCUACUAAGUUCUUAGGGAAUCAAAUUACACGUGCAACUGUUAGAUAUAUAAGUCAUGCAUCAGUUGAACAAACAGGACUUUUUCCUUGGAGAACAAUUGACUGGAUUGGAUGGAUUCGUCAUCCUGAUCAUUGGCUUUUAGGAUUAAAGGUUACAUUAGCUUUUCAAUUAGUGGCCAUGUUUGAUGAUCGAAUAACUAUGUUGAAAAAAGUUGCUGCACAAUGUCAGACAAAUGAAAAAUUUUACGAGAAAUUAGAUCAAGAACUAGAUGGUAAACUUUUAAUGCGGGAAAAAGGAUCGAUUAUUGUUGCACGUAACAGUGAAGAAGUUUCAGAAUUGAAUACAUUAAAAGAAGCCUUGACAAUAGAAGGAAGAACUUUAAAAAUUAUAUCAAAAGAAGAAAUGAAAAAUCGCUAUGGUUUUCUUCCAAAUGGUCUUAUGUAUGGAGAAAAACUACAUGACAGAGUGUUGUCUUCUAAUUUCAUGAGAAUAUUAAGCGAAUAUAUUCAUAAACAAGGUGGAAAAGUAAUUGAUGGAACACUUACUAGUGUGUAUGCAGAUAAUCAAAAAGUUGGAGGAAUUGCUGAAUAUCAAACUCCAGAUGGUCAAAAAAAUUUACUUCCUUUUUCUCGUUUAAUUCUAUCUUUAGGCAGUCAGCCAAUUAUAAGCCAAAAUAAUAAACCAUUAUUUGAUGUUGUCUCAGCCAGAGGAAUAUCUGUAUUAGCACAUGUAUAUGUACCACACGGCUAUCAACUUCCAUCAGUAUUAGUUUGCGGUGGAACAAACCAUGCAACAAAAUUAUCAGAAAAUCCAGUCUCUAUUAAAGGUGAUGAUGAAAAGCCAUACGAUCUAUAUUUGAUGAGAUUUACAGCAGGCGCCUGUAUUACACCUAAUGUAUCUGAUGAAAGCACUGCUAACUAUGAUGGGACCAUGGCGCUUGGUUUAGUCGCAGCCGUUAGAAAUACAUUCGGUAAUCAAUGUAAAAUCGAACCUAUCAGCGUGUAUGGUUGCAAUCGACAAGUGAGUCGAAAUGGAGAGAUUCGUUGGAUUGAACCUUUUCCUGGAAUUCACGUGCAGUAUGGAGCUGCAGGCGGUGGUCUCACGCGAGCACCUGAUUUUGUAAUAAAUCAGCCCUUGAAUCCUGCAUCUUCUCUGUGA